AUGCCUGCAAGCACCAUCAUCUGUCCCACUCAGCCACGGGUCCGUGACUCGCACCAGGACCGACCGUUUGCAUGCCCCGUGCUGCUCUGUGGCGGCCGCUUCCACCGCAAGUUCACGCUGCACGAACACUUGAAGACGCACACGGGCGAGCAGCCGCAUCAAUGUCCCAUCCAGUCCUGUGGCAAGCGCUUCAGCACGUCCAGCAACCUGGCACGACACAAGCGUCUCCACUCGCUGCACAAAAUGGAAUGUCCCGUGGCCGGCUGCACACGCAUCUUCACAAGCAAGGACAUGCUGGCCAAGCACGAAAAGGUCCACGACGGCAAGUCCAUCCACACGUGCGUCGUUGACGGCUGCGGCAAAACCUUCAGCACGGCCGGCAACCUCACGAGGCACAUGAAGACACAGCACCGCUCACAGCAAACAGCCAAGGCAGUUUCCCCCACUACGACAAUGCAUUCGCCUUGCGACGAAUUUCCCGACCUGGACUUCGACAUGAUGAUGUUCGUGCCUCCAGUAGAGACCCAGUUGCAGCAGUUCUCCUUUCGGAACACGCCGACGGACCCGCAGGGUCUUUCGGACCAGGACUUGAAGGACCUGCUAGAGUGUUUGUUCUAA